AUUCCCACAUGACCCACUCUUCCUCUCAAUUUUCUAGCAUUGACCCUGAUCUUGAUUCACGCUUUCUAGCCCUGAAAAAACCCCAUCAAUCAAAAUCAAAUUCAAAAUCAAUAUCAAAAUCAAAGCUUGAUGAUACAGCAGGCACAACCCAGAAAAACCCAGAAAAGGUUUUGCAAAAUAUCGAUGAAAGUGAUGAUCUUUUUGCAAGAUUUGCUGCUCUCAAGAGUUCUCUUCCUUCGUAUAAUACUUCUGUUAGAGAUGGUCAAGUGCAGCAGCAGCAGCAGUUGAUGGAUGAUGAUGGUGCUGGAGAAGAAGAUGAAGUGGAGAAGGUAAUUAAGUGGGCUAUUGAUGCUGCUAGGCUUGACCCUUCUCCUCCCUCUAAUUCUAAUGAUGAUGCUGCUAGUGAUGCUGAUGAUGUUAGUGAUGAUGAGGUGGAUGAUGGUCAUGGUGUUGAUGCGGGAAAAAGAGUAAAGGGAAAUGAUGAGUCACCAUGGAACGGACAUGUUGUCAUAGGAUUUCGCUGAAAUCUCACAGCUCUUGGAGAGCAUUGCUAUUUCCAAUCUGUUUUGUGGUGAUUCCUUAGAACUGUCAUAUCCAACAUCGACUACUGAAUGAAGCAGUAUUUCAUCAUGCAAAACCAUCCUGGCAAAGUUGUGGAUAGUGACCAUUGGCCUCUUGCUGGUCGUCGUCUGCUGGAUCAAGAUACCAAAACUGUAGACAGCCCAACUCCUUGAUGGCUCUGUUCCUGGUCCAUAUUCAGGCAUCUUUCAAGAAUUUGCAACCUUAGCUUUGUAGAAUUUGAUAGUGAAAGUGGAAGAGCUCCAGUAAAGUUGUUGCUUCCAAGCUGAUAAAGAUGAAGAUGGGGAAGCACGAGCACAAAGCCUGAUGGAAGUUCUCCACCAUGUUAAUGGAUGAUGGGCAUAUACCUGAUAGAUUGUUGCUGCAGAAUGUUAGGAAUCUUAAUUUUCUCAGUGCAUCUGGAG